AUCUGUACUCGUAAGUCGUACAUAUUACUUAUUACAGUUUACAUACCUCGAAUUCGUUACAGUAAUACGUAUUAAACGGCGUAGUCUUCUCGUUAAAAUUGAAAUGCUUAAUUUGCAAAAAUAAUAUCCUAACUGAACAUCGCGUAAUCUGUUCGGAAUUUGAGAUUUUGGUACGUCUAAGGGUGCAGACGCGCUGCUGCGGCGCGGGCCGUGCUUCUAUCAUGAUCAUGUCGAAGUACUGCUUCCCCGUCGGCUUCCUCCGCUCGGCCCUGUGUCCGUCAUGUCCUCUCGGCAGCUCAAGCUUUUCCCGUGUGUACUCAGUGCACUGCCUGCGCAGAUUGAGGUUUGAAGUUCCUCCCCGUUCGCGCCUCUUCUUCCACAGCUUGGCCCGCAAUGGGCCGACCAGUCGGAGUAUUCUGCCGCUCCACGAUGGCUUAGCAAGAAUUCCCCAGUUGAUAACGCUGAUUCCGCGGCGCGGUCUGAUACGAUCCGGAGAAAAACCUAAGCCAAAGGUUCUUAUGUUUUCCUGGAAAUCAGUGGCUGCCACCCUGGUCGUGGCCGGCGCCUUCUGGGCGGGGAUGACAUACGUGAAGAAAGAGAAGGAAAAGGAAAUCUUUCGGCAGCGUCAACGCCAGAUCGGCAAGGCCAAGAUCGGCGGCGAGUGGGAGCUGGUCGACUUCAAUGGCGUGCCGCGGCGUUCUUCUGACUUCCAUGGCUCCUGGGUGCUCCUUUACUUUGGCUUCACCCACUGCCCCGAUAUAUGCCCAGAUGAAAUUGAAAAGAUGAUAAAAGCCUUGACUAUCCUUGAAAAGAACGUGCCGACUGAGAAAUUCGUUCCUCUUUUCAUGACGGUGGAUCCUGGACGUGAUACCCCGGAAGCCAUAAAGCGCUACUGCAGUGAUUUCUCUCCCCGCCUGUUGGGCCUGACGGGAACCCCGGAACAGGUUACCACAGCCGCGAAGGCCUUCCGCGUGUAUUUCAGCGCGGCACCGGCCGACGACGACAACGACUACAUAGUCGAUCACACCAUCAUCAUCUAUCUGAUCGGACCGGACGGGAAAUUCGUUGACUACUACGGACAGUCGAAGACCGCCGAGCAGAUGGCCGAACACAUUGAAUCCCACAUCAACCGCUACCAUUAUCUCCAUUUAUGAGCUGUUCGGAUUUCCUUUUUUAUUGUCGUGUUGUUUUUAGUCGUGAUUUUGUUAACUGGUGCGUAACAGGUUUUUUGUCAAUAGUACGGAGAGCUGGAAAUUAAUAAGACCAUUCAAAAAUCAACAGUUUCAACGAGAACGAGUAAAAUUUCCAACUGA